UUUCUGUUUUAUAUCACACAGCUCCGACUAUCCAGGGUUCUAUGAUUUUCAAAGAGCUAACAAUGCAAGGAUUUGUAGUGACUCGGUGGUACGAUCGCUUCCAUGAAGCAGAGGACGAAUUGUACAAAUGGAUUAAAGAGGGCAAGAUUAACGUUCAAGAACAUCCCGUGGAAGGAUUCGACAACCUUCCAAACGCUUUCAUCGGACUUCUUCGAGGAGAAAACACGGGAAAAGUAGUUGUCAAGGUGUAAGAGUUCGAAAUUUCAAAACAUAUGUAUCAUUAAUACUA